GGCACAGGAGCAUAUAGAAGCACUAAUCCUAUGCGGUCCAGCAGCAUCCUCCCCCUCUCACGCUCUUGCUCAAGGGCAGCUGCUGAGGACAGUAGUGAUGCGUCCUGGCCCUGUCGUGUGGAUAUAUAACAAAAUAAUAAUAAAAAAAGGAGACCUGCAACUGUGAUGACUGGAGCAGUCCAAAGAAAGGCACCAUGACAACUUGUGCACCGCAGGCGUGGCCUCUUCCAAUAUGUCCGUCAUAAGGUGAUUAGUGAUCUCUGGCAAGUCUGGAAGUCACUUUUGCCCGCCAAACUGUGGAUUCAACACGCACGUUCGUCCCGGUUUUCUGGAGGGUUUUUUUAAAUUUUUUUGCAUCGCCAUGAAGCGGAAUAAGCCCUGAGGAGAGAAGACAUGGCUUUCCCCCGCAGGAUUUGGCAGCCGCUUCUUCUGAAGACUCAAGAAUUCAACUCUGGAAAAGGUGCUUUAAAUCUCAGAGUUUCAUUGCUGUAAGUCCAGUUCAGUACAGGAAAUCAGGAUGAAAAGAUGGCAGCCAUGCUGUUACCAACGGGUCCUGAUGGCUUGCGGCCGUUCACUGGCGAGUCCUUGGCUGCCCUGGAGCGGCGGAUUGCAGAGGAGCAGGCCAGGAAGGCCAAGGAUUGCAAGGAGACUCACAAGAACGGGGAGCCGGGCCGACCUCGGCUGGACCUGGAGGCGGGCAAGCAGCUGCCGCGCAUCUUCGGCGACAUACCCACACAACUUAUCGGGGUGCCGCUGGAAGACAUCGACCCUUUCUACUUCAAGAACCAGAGGACCUUUAUAGUACUUAACAAAGGAAAGGUCAUCUUCAGAUUCAGUGCCACAUCUGCUCUUUACAUUUUCACCCCCUUCCACUUCCUCAGAACUAUUGCCAUCAAAGUUUUAGUCCACUCCUUGUUCAGCCUCUUCAUCAUGUUCACCAUCCUCACCAACUGUUGCUUCAUGGCCAUGUCAGACCCAGCACCCUGGACCAAGUACCUGGAAUACACUUUCACUGCCAUUUACACGUUUGAGUCAGUGAUAAAGAUAUUUGCCCGUGGAUUCUGCACAGUUCCGUUCACCUUUUUGAGGGACCCGUGGAACUGGUUGGACUUCAGCGUCAUCGUCAUGGCAUAUGUAACAGAAUUCGUAGACCUGGGAAACGUCUCCGCACUCAGAACCUUCAGAGUGCUUCGUGCCCUGAAAACCAUCUCGGUCAUACCAGGUCUGAAGACCAUCGUGGGAGCCCUGAUCCAGUCCGUGAAGAAGCUGGCGGACGUCAUGAUCCUGACCGUGUUCUGUCUCAGCGUCUUCGCCCUGAUCGGCCUUCAGCUUUUCAUGGGGCUGCUCCGGCAAAAGUGCAUCCGGAGCCUGGCGCACUGCAUCAACUCCUCCUACGGUCUCAAUGCGUCUUUCAUCUGCAACAACAGGACCUGGAACUCCAGGGCGGACUUUCUCACCAGCGAAGAUAAUUUUUACAAAGUGGAAGGAGCAAAGGAUGCCUUAAUAUGCGGAUACGGCAGUGAUGCGGGGAAGUGCCCAGAUGGAUUUGACUGCCUGAAGGUCGGGAGGAAUCCCAACUACGGCUACACCAGCUUCGACACUUUCGGCUGGGCCUUUCUGGCUUUGUUCCGUCUCAUGACCCAAGACUACUGGGAGAAACUGUUUCACCAGACUCUGCGCUCAGCCGGGAAAACCUACAUGGUGUUCUUUGUGCUGGUUAUCUUCCUGGGCUCCUUCUACCUGGUCAACCUCAUCCUGGCUGUCGUAGCCAUGGCCUACGAGGAGCAGAACCAGGCCACCAUCGCCGAGGCCUGGCAGAAGGAGAGAGAGUUCCAACUGGCCAUGGAGCAUCUCCGUCGAGAGCAGAGAUUGGCAGCCAAAAGGCAAGCGCAAGAAACCGACUCCAUCUUGUCCCCGGAGCUGUCUCCGUUCUGUGCGAAGACGGGAAGUUUGAGGAGGAACAGCACUCGGAGGAGACGAUCUCACAGGGCGUUGUCGGAAGAAACUCCGGAGGAAGCUGAGGACAAGAUUGACCCGCUGGAUGAGCUCAAGCCCCCGCUGUCUCCCCUACCAGUGCACCCCCUGCUGGCCACGCUCUCCUCCCACCCGCUCAGCACCAGGCGAGCAAGCCAGGUCAGCAUUUUCAGCGCCUUUCGGGUACGCAACAACUCCGAGGCCGACUUGGGGGACGACGAAUACAGCGUCCACGGGGACGCCUUCAGAAGCCGCACCAGCUCGACUGCGACACACUGGAAGCGGAGGACGGGCAGCGUGAGGAGCCACUGCUCCCAGGUCUUCACCCCCAACCUUACAGUCAACGGACGGAUCAACGUUCCCCUCGACCACAACGGGGUCGCGGUGGUGGGGCCCCACGCCCCGGGCUCCCUGCCGGCUUACAGCAUGGAGAGGAUCAAGGAGGACACGAAGCCCACCAGUGCAGAAGACAGUGUCCAAAAACCUCUCCUUCAGCCGUCCCCCACAGUGACCGAGCGUCCUCCGGUGCGCAGAAAAAGAGGACUCAGCUCCGUCAGCUUCUUCAGUGACGCCAUGGACGAGUUGGAAGAGUCCAGACAAAAGUGCCACCCCUGCUGGUACACGUUUGCCAAGAAGUACCUGAUAUGGGACUGCUGCUCCUGGUGGCUGAAACUGAAGGAAUGGGUGAAGUUGAUGGUGAUGGAUCCUUUCCUGGACUUGGGUAUCACCAUAUGUAUUGUGCUAAACACCCUCUUCAUGGCCCUGGAACACUACCCCAUGACUGAGGAGUUCAACACCAUGCUGUCAGUGGGAAAUCUGGUUUUCACUGGGAUCUUUACGGCCGAGAUGGUCCUGAAGCUGGUCGCCAUGGACCCGUACUAUUACUUCCAACAGGGCUGGAACAUCUUUGACGGAGUCAUUGUCUGCCUCAGUCUGAUGGAGUUGGGUCUCUCCAACGUGGAGGGGCUAUCGGUUCUGCGCUCCUUCAGACUGUUGCGAGUCUUCAAACUGGCCAAGUCUUGGCCCACCCUCAAUACGCUGAUUAAAAUCAUUGGCAACUCAGUGGGCGCUCUGGGAAACCUGACGCUGGUGUUGGCCAUCAUCGUCUUCAUCUUCGCCGUGGUCGGCAUGCAGCUCUUCGGCAAGAACUACCAGGACUGUGUGUGCAAGAUCUCUCAUAACUGUCAGCUUCCUCGCUGGCACAUGAAGGACUUCUUUCACUCCUUCCUGAUUGUGUUCAGAGUGCUGUGUGGCGAGUGGAUUGAAACCAUGUGGGAUUGUAUGGAAGUUGCCGGGCAACCGCUCUGUAUCCUGGUGUUCAUGCUGGUCAUGGUCAUUGGGAACUUGGUGGUUUUAAAUCUCUUCCUGGCCUUGCUGCUCAGCUCUUUCAGCUCCGACAACCUCUCCGCCCCGGACGAGGACGGCGAUUUGAACAACAUCCAGAUCGCCAUCGCCCGCAUCCACUCGGGCGUCUCCUGGCUGACCAGGGGCGUGGUGGACCUCUUCAACCGCACUUUGAAAUGCCGGCAAAGGAGGACCAAGGAGCGCCGCAAAGCCGUCGUGCUGGUCGGCAAUCACCUGGACAGCAACGGCGGGGUUUAUGGGCGCUACGGGGAUAAGUACGUCAUAACGGAGGAGGACAGCUACAUGACCAACCCCAACCUGACCGUCAUUGUUCCGAUCGCGCCUGGGGAGUCCGACGUGGAGUUUAUGGAGGAAGAGGAGAUUUCCGAGUCGUCCGAGGAUGAAGACAACAAAGAGAGGAUCAGCCUGUCAGAAGGCAGCACCGUGGAUCUCCGGAAGCCUGGUGAAGAGAUGGACAAUUUGUCGGAACUGGCUGAGGAGUGUAUGGAGCCAGAGGAAUGCUUCCCGGAAUUUUUCUUGAAGCAUUGCCACUGCUGUGACAUGGACAUCAGCCAAGGUCUAGGCCAGACCUGGUGGAGACUGAGGAAGACCUGCUACCAGAUAGUGGAGCACAGCUGGUUUGAGACCUUCAUCAUAUUCAUGAUCCUGCUCAGCAGUGGAGCUCUGGCGUUCGAGGACAUCUACAUCGAGAAGCGAAAAGUCAUCAAAGUCAUGUUGGAGUACUCCGACAAAGUCUUCUCCUACAUCUUUGUCCUGGAGAUGUUCCUCAAAUGGAUCGCGUACGGCUUCAAGAAGUACUUCACCAACUACUGGUGCUGGCUGGACUUCCUCAUCGUGGACAUGGCGACAGACCGCUCUAUUGUUAGGGUGUCGCUGAUAAGCCUGGUGGCAAACUCCCUGGGAUAUUCCGACUUUGCUGCCAUCAAGUCUCUGAGGACGCUCCGCGCUCUGCGGCCCCUCAGAGCUCUGUCCAGAUUCGAGGGCAUGCGGGUGGUGGUGAACGCUCUCAUCGGCGCCAUCCCCUCCAUCAUGAACGUGCUGCUGGUGUGUCUCAUCUUCUGGCUCAUCUUCAGCAUCAUGGGGGUCAACCUGUUCGCCGGCAAGUUCGGCAAGUGCGUGAACCGGACGGGCUUCAUCCACAGCUCCUCGCUGGUCAACAACAAGUCGGACUGCCUGGCCCUGAACGACACGCAGUACUACUGGACCACGGUCAAGGUCAACUUUGACAACGUGGGGCUGGGCUACCUGUCCCUCCUGCAAGUGGCGACUUUCAAAGGCUGGAUGGAGAUCAUGCACGCAGCUGUUGACUCCAGAGGAGUGGAGGAGCAACCCAUCAGGGAGGUCAACCUGUACAUGUACAUUUACUUUGUGGUCUUCAUCAUAUUUGGCUCCUUCUUCACCCUCAACCUCUUCAUCGGAGUCAUCAUCGACAAUUUCAAUCAGCAGAAAAGAAAGUUAGGUGGACAGGACAUUUUCAUGACCGAGGAGCAGAAGAAAUAUUACAACGCUAUGAAGAAGUUAGGAAGUAAAAAGCCGCAAAAGCCAAUUCCAAGACCUGGGAACAUUCUCCAAGCCUUCUUCUUCGACCUGGUCUCCAAACAAGCCUUCGACAUCAUGAUCAUGAUGCUGAUCAUCGUCAACAUGCUGACCAUGAUGGUGGAGACGGACGAGCAGUCGGAGCGCAAGGAGUCCAUCCUCAACAAGAUCAACCUGGUCUUCAUCGUCAUCUUCACAACGGAAUGCCUCAUCAAGAUCUUCGCCCUGCGCUGCUACUUCUUCACGGUGGCGUGGAACAUCUUCGAUUUUGUGGUCAUCAUCCUCUCCAUCGUGGGGAUCGUUCUUGCUGACAUCAUCGAGAAGUACUUCGUCUCUCCAACCCUGUUUCGAGUCAUCCGCCUGGCAAGGAUAGGACGUGUCCUUCGACUCAUCCGCGCAGCCAAAGGAAUAAGGACUCUACUGUUCGCCUUAAUGAUGUCCAUGCCGGCGCUGUUCAACAUCGGACUCCUGCUCUUCCUCGUCAUGUUCAUCUACGCCAUCUUUGGCAUGGCGAACUUUGCCUACGUGAAAAAGCAAGACGGACUCGACGACAUGUUCAACUUCGAGACCUUUGGGAAUAGCAUGAUCUGCCUUUUCCAGAUCAGUACCUCGGCAGGCUGGGACAACCUCCUGAGUCCGAUAAUGGCCAGCUCCCCGGACGAGUGCGACGUCAAUUUUGUCAACACCGGCACAAACACCCGGGGUAACUGUGGCAGCCCCUCCAUGGGCAUCGCUUUCUUCGUGAGCUACAUCAUCAUCUCCUUCCUCAUCGUGGUCAAUAUGUACAUAGCCAUCAUUCUGGAGAACUUCAGCGUGGCCACGGAGGAGAGCACGGAUCCACUGAGCGAGGACGACUUCGAGAUGUUCUACGAGGUCUGGGAGAAGUUCGAUUCCGAGGCCACGCAGUUCAUUGAGUUCUCCGUGCUGUCCAACUUCGCCGACACCCUGUCCGAGCCUCUGCGCAUAGCCAAGCCCAACAAGAUCAAACUGAUCUCCAUGGACCUCCCCAUGGUCAGUGGGGACAGAAUCCACUGCCUGGAUAUCUUGUUUGCCUUCACAAAGCGGGUCCUGGGAGAGUCCGGCGAGAUGGAUGCCCUCAAACAACAAAUGGAGGAGAAGUUUAUGAUGACCAACCCCUCCAAUAUUUCCCACGAGCCCAUUACCUCCACGCUGCGACACAAGCUGGAGGAGGUGUCGGCGGUCAUCAUUCAGAGGUGUUACAGGAGGCACCUGGUCCGCCGGCACAUGAAGCAGGCCUCUUACCUUUACAGGCAAAUCAACUAUGAGACUGAAGUGGACGUGGAGAACGCGCCAGAGACCGAGGGGCUCAUAGCAUCCAUGAUUCACCACUACGGUCUAGCGGGGGAGGACUUUCUAGAGACACCAGAGACCACGCUAAUGUCCUCGCCUCCUUCUUACGACAGUGUGACCAGGGCAGCCAAUGACCUCUCAGAGUUCAUCAGGCUAAUAUCCAGAGACUCCGAACGCGGGGAUCCUGGCGAAAGCUUCCAGGAAACCUUUCUUUGAGAUCGGAAUGCGUGUUUGAAGUCAUGGUCAAAGAGAUUUACCUUCCAACGAGUGCAAUGUUCAACUAAAACACCCAUGCGGAACAUUAAAACACCCAACCCGAUACAACAAAGUAGUACCUCAACUUACGAACUCAAGCGGUUCUGGGACGUAGCUAUCUCAAAACACACUGAAAUGAAGUCAAAUCAAUUCAAAACAGCACCAUACUAACAUUUAACAUGCCUUUUAAAAAGGAAAAACUGUAUGAAAACAAUACAACAGCAUGUACCACUCACAACUGCGGUCGAUUUUAUGGAAUAAUGAGGUCCGGCGGUGUCUCUUUCCAGCUGAUCCUCCGUCAAACUGAUGUGUAGUCCUGGUCUUGUCGUCCUCGUCCGGACCGAAGUGCGGCUGGAUCAAAAGAGAUGAGUGGCCUUGUGGUUAGAGUGUCCGCCCUGAGAUCGGUAGGUCCAGAGUUUAAACCCCGGCCCAGUCAUACCAAAGACUAUAAAAAUUGGACCCAUUACUCCCCUGCUUGGCACUCAGCAUCAAGGGUUGGAAUUGGGGGUUAAACCACCAAAACUGAUUCCCGAGCGUGGCCACCGCUGCUGCUCACUGCUCCCCUCACCUCCCAGGGGGUGGAACAAGGGGAUGGGUCAAAUGCAGAGGGUAAUUUCACCACACCUAGUGUGCGUGAGACUAUCAGUGGUACUUUAACUUUUGAUAUACUGAACCAAAAGUUGCUUUAUUACAAGCGAGUGUCAUUAUACAGGACUGCAGUUCCUGGAGGAGGUCAAGUCGAAAACGAGGCACUCCUAACUUGGAUAAGCCAACAAACCCAUCGGUUUUACAUUACUCCUCCCUGUCUUUGGGCGUGGGCUAAGUCAGGAUAGCACACCCUGACCAUAAAAGGAGAUGCCGGUGUGUAAAGUGUCUGGAAAUUCAACAGAUGCCGGUCGUAUCUUGGAUGUUGACAUCAACUUAAACGUGCAGUCUCUUCUCACAGAUAGGGCCGUCCCCUUUGCAUACCAAUGUCCAAUUUUAUUGCCUUUUCUUUCAGCACUGUCAACACUAAUAUGUUAAUAUGUGCCCAAACUGAAAUACCUACUUGUUAAACUUGUGGUUUACCUUCUCCAAUAUGAAUAUAAACAUUCACCAUGUGCAAAACAUAAUAUCAUUUAAUUAAUUCACUUCAGCUUUUCAAUAUUUUCAUGGAUAAACGUUUGUUGAUCGGAAGUUAUUUUAACAUUUCUCCACUUUAAAAAAUAGUGUAAUAAUAGUAUUCAUUUUUAGUAGUUUUGGUGUUGUUUUUUUUACUGCCAUCAUAUUGCAGUCUACACAUACAGUCGUGGUCAAAAGUUUACGUACACUUCUGCAACUGCCACAACACAUUCAUUUAUCAUUAUUCAAAUAUUACAAUUACAAUAUACAGUCCGUCUUGAGUUUCCAAUCAUUUCUACAACUCUUUUUUUUUUUUGUGCUAGAGUUAUUGUAGCACAUACUUGUUGGUCACAUAAAAAAAACAACUUGACAAAAUUGGUACAGUUCAGCUAAAUGUGUUGGGUUUUCUGACAUGGACUUGUUUCUUCAGCAUUGUCCACACGUUUAAGUCAGGACUUUGGGAAGGCCAUUCUUAAAACCUUCAUUCUAGCCUGAUUUAGCCAUUCCUUUACCACUUUUGAGGUGUGUUUGGGGGUCAUUGUCCUGUUGGAACACCCAACUGCGCCCAAGACCCAACCUCCGGACUGAUGAUUUUAGGUUUUCCUGAAGAAUUUAGAGGUAAUCCUCCUUUUUCAUUGUCCCAUUUACUCUCUGUAAAGCACCGGUUCCAUUGGCAGCAAAUCAGGCCCGGAGCAUAAUACUACCACCACCAUGUUUGGCGGUAGGAAUUGUGUUCCUGGGAUUAAGGGACUCGCCUUUUCUCCUCCAAACAGGGUCUUGUGGGCAAUUUUUUGUGUCAUCUGACCAAAGAACUUUCCUCCAGAAGGUUUUAUCUUUGUCCAUGGGACGUCAGAUGAGAACUUUUGACCACGACUGUAUCUCUUAUGUAUGACUGCCAUCUACUGGUCACACUUAUUACAUAUUUUUUUAUUCUUUUUUUUUUUUUUUUACAUUAUUUUUAUGCACGGAUUACUAUUCAAGGAUUCUAGUGAAUAAAUUUACAUUCCAAGUCAGAGAAUAACUGGAAUUUCGCUAACUACCAUGAUUAAAAUUCUGGUAUUUCGUUGGGUGUUUUAAUGAACGUUUGCGUUGAUUUAACACAAAUAAUCGUACUUGUGCGAACUAUUUCACAAAUUAGAGCCGUGAGUACCAAUAGUUCCUGAAUUAUGUGCCUGAUUUUCACUGUCGUCUGCACAGAAUCUCUUUCGACCGAUUGCUUGGACUUGCAGGAUUCCGCUUUAGGAGGAGCGUUGACGCACCAAGAAGCUCAUUUUUGUAGUUAAAUAAUGCACAAAAGUAGCGGCUGUACAGGUAAAAACUUAUUUUUACGACUUUUCUAAUGUAUGUUUAUAUGUAUUUAUAACGAGAGACUAUUUUAAAGGGCACGCUUGGCAGUCAGGUGAGAAGAUUAGUCCAAUACAUGUUCAGGGGUACCUCGGUUAUUUUUAUCGGUAAUCAGCACCAAUGGCUAAAAAAUCGUCAAAUCACGGCAAAUUUUUCCAUAAGAAAUAACAAUUGAUUUGUUCCACACACACACACAAAAAAUGCAUAUAUAGCAUAUAUUUUAUUGCGCAUAAAUAGAUUUUUACACAACCCAAAGCCAGUGAAGUUGUGUAAAUCAUAAAUAAAAACAAAAUACAAUGAUUUGCAAAUAAUUUGUUUAACUUAUAUUCAAAGACGAGAUAUUUAGCGUUCGAACUGGAAAACGUUAUUUUUUUUUUGCAAAUAUUAGCUCAUUUGGAAUUGGAUGCCUGUGACAUGUUUCAAAAAAAGGUGGCACAAGUGGCAAAAAAGACUGAGAAAGUUGAGGAAUGCUCAUUAAACACUUAUUUGGAACAUCCCACAGGUGGACAGGCUUAUUGGGUAUAAAAGCAGCUUCCGUGAAAUGCUCAGUCGUUCACAAGCAAGGACGGGGCGAGACUCACCACUUUGUGAACAAAUGCAUGAGCAAAAUGUGGAACAGGUUAAGAACAACAAUUCUCAACCAGCUAUUGAAAGGAAUUUAAAGACUUCACCGUCUAAAGUCUGUAAUAUCAACAUGGAAUUAAAUGGAAGGACAUUGCAGCACCUGUGGCGAGUUAAUUUGUCCAAAACAUAAACAAUACAACACCCUCUCAGUCUUUUUGCUUGUUUUUUUUGUUAUUUUUCAUAAUUUUGGCCGUCAGCAAAAAAAAAUCCACAAAUUACCCACUCCAUCUUACAAGCCGCAGGGUUCAAAGUGUAGGGAAAAAAGUAGCUGCUUAUAGUCUUGAAUUUACAACACAGUAUCUCCUAUAAAAUAAAAUAAAACUUCCUAAAGUAUCCAUUUUUUGUGUCUUGAACACAGUAAGUGAAAAGUCUUAGUAGAUCACACGCCCACUAAUAGUGCACACAAUUGUCAUGUUUGUACAUGCAAAUUCGGCCCUGGGUCACCAAACUCGUGGGAUUCUUCAGUACGACGCAGUACCGAAUGGUGUGAAAGGUAGGGCGCAGAGAAACCGAGUACACCUGGUGUGAAAGGUAGGGCGCAGAGAAACCGAGGUACACCACUGCGCUGUGCUCACUUUUAUAUCUAUAUAUGAAGACUUUCCUUGAGAACCUGAUUGUCUCUAAAUGUAAUAAAAUAAAUAUUAUUUUCCAUCUUUGUGAGUUUUUCAGCCAGGUAAACAUUUAACC